AUGUCAAACAAAGAAUAUACAACCAUAAUCAUAGAUGCAUCCAAGUACAUGGAUACCAAGCUGGUGCCCAGUCAGAAAGACACCGAUUUUGCCUUGGCGUUGAAAUUUGCCAUGAAUACAUUGAAUAAGCAAUUGUUGAAAAAUCGCAAGCUGGAUCGGUACGCGUUUGUAAUAUACACACCAACAGAUGCUCAGUUUUUAUACUACAACGAACCGGUGACCCUUUCGAGAGUUAAGGAGUUCUACGAAAUACUGGUCAAAACACAUGAUGAAGCUAUAUAUACACAAGGAGAUUACAGUAUCCUCAACGCAUUGGCAGAUGCUCUACUGAAUCAAAUUGCAAAUAAAUUCAUUCGGAAUAUUUACAUUGUCACUAAUGGAAUUGGUUCCCUCAACGAAACUCACAUAGGCUUUGAUAAAUUGCGAAAUACAUUUGAAAGCUAUCCUGUUAUCACGAACUUAUUGAUGCUAAAUAAUGAACAUAAUGGGGCAAUGAAGCGUUAUUUCGAGGACUUGGCUGUUACUUUCGAUGGUAGGUUCAAUAUCUUUGAUUUCGAAACAUUUACGGCUAGAGGACCACCAUUGAAGCUAAUCAGUCCUCGUUGCAUGACGGAUUGCACCCUCUCGUUUGUUAGUGGAGAAUCGCAAGGUGGAGAUAUCCACGUCAAGGUUCAAGUAUAUCCAGGAAUCAGGGCCCAAAGUCAAGUACAUGGUCACGAAUAUAUACAGGACUUCAAAUCGAAGGAUGUAGCUCGUGUGAAGAGACAGAACAAGUACUACAUAAAAGGUAGUGCAGACAUUGUAGACGAGAUUUUUGAGCCAGCAAAGUAUACCAACGAAACAGGUGAUUCAGAAAAUGAUAAAGAAUACGUGAAGGACUCGGAAUAUACGUAUGGGUUCAAAUACUCACAGAGAAAUGUGGUUGCAUUGUUACCUGAGUUGGAGGAAGCAGCAACUUUGGAAACGUCUCCUGGGAUCAAUAUUAUGGGGUUCAUUGACAGGAGUAAGUUGCCAGUAGCAUAUUUGACGGACGAGCCAUCCUAUGUUAUUCCAGGUGCAAAAUCUGAGACUGAAAAUAAAGUAGCGUUCAAUUCUCUUGUGCAAGCGUUGAUUGAGUUGAACUGUGCGGCCAUUGUACGUUAUAUUCAGAAAGAGGCUCACGAAGUUCAGAUAUGCUGCGCUCUACCCCAGAGCAUAAACGUGGGAGAGAAAUGGGGACAUGGCCUUGUCCUUCAUCGAUUGGCUAUGAAAGAGGAUGAAAAGAUUGGUAAAUUCCCGGAAUUUAAAUUAUCGGGGCAAGAAAAACUUGAUUCCACAAUGGAAGCUUUUGUUAAAAACAUGAAGUUAAGAAACGAUACAACUGAGCCAGAUGUGUUGAAGAAUUCAAAAGUUGGGCUUCUAGAGUCUAAACCAUUUACUUCACAGGAGGAUGCACAACCCUCGUUAGAAAAUAUGCUUCUAUCGUCAUGUCCCGCUACAAAGAGGUUCAAUUAUUAUGUUGAAAAAAUACUAUUCAAGUCAUUAGGUGAGGCUUCUUUGACUGACUUCGUUAGUCAAAACCAGUUCAUUGAGAAAUAUCUAACAAAUGACGAAAAGCAUACAUUGCUUGAUCUUGGUAAUAUUUUCGACGUCAAAGAGAAUUUAUUAUACACAAAAGAUCAUAAGAGCACAAAUGUAAUUGAAGCUGAUUUGAAAUCGGCAUUCGACAUCAAAUUUAUAAUGCAAGCAAAACCGAGCCGAAAGAGACGGAAAACAGACUCUGUAUUUGGUUCAGAACAUAAUGACCAAUUUGACGAAUAUUUCGAUAUCGAGGAGAUCUUGGCUGGAUAA